UGGCCUGGCCCCAUCCCUUCGCCAUGAAGCAGCUGUGCCUUUGCGCAUCCGCCUCCUUUGCGCUCCGGCUCGGUCCCACCGACCUUGGCUCCUGCCCGCCCUGUGGCCCGUGCCCUAUCCCGAAACCCGCAGCAAGAGGCAGGCGCCAGGGCCAAGACUGGAGCAAAAAUGACCAGCGCCUGCUCCAGGCCGUGGAGAACAACGAUGAGGCCAGAGUGGCCUCGUUGAUCGCCCACAAAGGGCUGGUCCCCACAAAACUGGACCCCGAGGGCAAGUCUGCGUUCCACUUAGCGGCCAUGAAGGGUGCCGUGGGCUGUCUGGAGGUGAUGCUGGCUCAAGGCUCAGACGUCAUGAGCACAGAUGGAGCAGGUUACAAUGCCCUUCACCUGGCAGCCAAGUAUGGGCACCCUGAGUGUCUGAAGCAGCUCUUGGAGGCUUCCUGCGUGGUGGACAUUGAGGACAGCAGUGGGUGGACAGCCCUUCAUCAUGCAGCGGCUGGUGGCUGUCUGUCCUGUUCAAAGCUGCUCUGCUCUUUCAAGGCACACAUGAACCCCCGGGAUCGGUCGGGAGCCACGCCUCUCAUCAUAGCGGCCCAGAUGUGUCACACAGAUCUCUGCCGCCUCCUCCUGCAGCAGGGGGCUGCAGCAAACGACCAGGACCUGCAAGGCAGGACAGCCUUGAUGCUGGCGUGUGAGGGGGCCAGCCCGGAGACCGUUGAAGUACUCCUGCAGGGUGGAGCCCAGGUGGGCAUCACUGAUGCCCUGGGCCAGGACGCCACUCACUACGGAGCCCUGACGGGGGACAAAGUCAUCUUGCAGCUUCUACAGGAGUUUGCACAACGCCCUUCACCUCCCAGUGCCUCUCCAGAGGAUGACUCCGGAGAGGCCUCGUCUCAGAACUCGGUGUCCAGCCAUGAAAAGCAAGGGGCCCCCAAGAAGCGGAAGGCACCCCAACCUCCAGCCAGCAUGCCUGUUCCCGACGACCAGGAUGCUUAUGAGGAGAUUGUGCGCCUGCGCCAAGAGAGAGGCCGGCUCCUGCAGAAGAUCAGGGGCCUGGAACAGCACAAGGAAAGGAGGAGAAAGGAGCCCCUGGAGGCCGAGGCCAGCUCAGUGCACAGCCUUGAGAGGCAGGUGCAGGAGCUGCAGCAACUGCUGGCAGAGAAGCAGGAGGAGAAGGAGAGUCUGGGCCGGGAGGUGGAGAGCCUGCAGAGCCGCCUGUCCCUUCUGGAGAAUGAUAGAGAGAACACCAGCUACGACGUGGUCACCCUGCAGGACGAGGAGGCUGAGAUGCCUGACUUUCCAGGAGCUGAUGCGCUGUUGUCAAAGCAGCAACGUCUGUCAGCUGACGAGCUGGUGGCAUCCCUGCAGGAGCAGGUAGCUCAGCUCACCAGGCAGAACCAGGAGCUGUUGGAGAAGGUCCAGAUCCUUGAGGAGUUUGAGAAGGACGAGGUGCAGAUGGUGGAAGACAAUCAGCCUGAAGUGGUCCCUCUGGUCUUGUAUGAUACUCUGAGGAUAGAAGUUGAGCAGCUCCGGAGGCAGCACACAGAGGCCAUGCAUGCACUGCAGGAGCAGCGGGAGGUGGCCAGGGGUCAUGGAGAAGAGACAGUACAGAAGGAGAGCAGGGACAAGGGGACCACCACCCAGAAUGGUCCUAGCGUCCCGGAGCUCAAUGGUACCACAUAUCCAGAAACCCCAGCAAAUGGCACCACCGAACCCCAAGCAGAAGGCUGCUUGGGCACCGGAAACACAGAAGCCAGUGCUUCAGAAGUGACACCUAUAGAGCCCGAGGCUGCAAGUUCAGAGGCCACGGGGAAAGAUGCUGCGGCAGACGAGGCUGUGGACACGAGAACCACUGGGGCUCAGGCCCUAGACGUGAAAGCUGUAGGUGACAAAGCUGAAAGAGAGCCGGUGGUGGCGGAAGCCAUGGGAGGGGAAGGGAAUCCAGGCAUGGAGGCUGAUGGGGUGCGUGUGGUGCAGGAGGGGCUCCCCGACACAGGGAUUAGAAACACGGAGGCCACGGGAGUAGAAUUGCAGGAUACCGGAGUUCAGGCCACAGCAGCAGAGUCCACGGUAGUGAAGUCCACGGGAGUGCAGGCCACAGUGGCAGAGGUCAUAGGAGUGAAGGUCACAGGAGUGCAGGUCACAGCGACAGAGGACACAGUAGCCAAGGCCACUGGAGCUGAAGCCCCGGGAGCAGAAGCCAUGGGGGCGCAGGCCACUAUGACUGAGGUUACGGAAACUCAGGCCACCACCCUGGAAACCAUGGGAGCAGAGGAGGCCACGGGGUCACAAGCCAUGGCCGUAGAGACCACAGGCACGCAGGCCACUGUGACAGAGGCCAACGGAGCCGAGGCCGUAGGACUCAAGGCCUCGGAAGCCGGGGCCGCUUGCACUGAGAGUCCCUGUGCUGCGGUCUUGCACCCGGGGGCAGCGGCAGCGGCGGCGGCGCUGCAGGCCGAGCUGGAGACCCGAAUCCGCGGCCUGGAGGAGACGCUUCGCCUGCGGGAAAGGGAGGCGGCGGCCGAGCUGGAGGCCGCCCGGGACCGAUUUGCGGAGGCUGAGGAAGCGGCACGGGGGAGGAGCCGGGAGCUGGAGACGCUGCGGGAGCUGCUGGCCACGGCCACGGCCACGGGCGAGCGCGCACGCGAGGAGGCCGCUGAGCUGCGCCGAGCGCUGACGGCCUCCGAGGCUCGGGCUGCCGAGCUCAGCUCCGCGCACGAUGCGGUCCGCGAGGAGCUCGAGCGCGUGCGCGGGGCCUCGGUUCCUGCGGACGAGCACGAGCAGGCGCUGGGCGCGCUGCGCGACCACGUGACCCGGCUGCAGGCGCAGCUGGAGGAGCUGGCGCGCAAGCACGAGAGGACCAGCGCCGAAGUCUUCCAGGUGCAGCGGGAGGCAUUGUUUAUGAAGAGCGAGAGGCACGCGGCUGAGGCCCAGCUGGCCACGGCCGAACAGCAGCUCCGGGGGCUUCGUACAGAGGCCGAGAGGGCACGCCAGGCGCAGAGCCGUGCCCAGGAGGCCCUGGACAAGGCCAAGGAGAAGGACAAGAAGAUCACAGAACUGUCCAAAGAAGUCUUCUCACUGAAGGAAUCUCUGAAGGCGCAGCAGGCAGCCCCUGCCAGCUCUGAGGAGGAGGAAGCCCUCCGUGGCCAGGUGUCAGCCUUGCAGCAGCGCAUGGAGGAGGAGGCCCGGGAGCACGGUGCCGUGGUGGCUUUAUACCGUACCCAUCUCCUGUAUGCCAUUCAGGGACAGAUGGAUGAGGACGUCCAGUGCAUUCUCAGCCAGAUCCUGCAGAUGCAGCGGUUGCAGGCUCAGGGUCGCUGAGGACACAGCUGGGCUCUUCACUCUCCGUCCUUCACCACUGCGAGCUGAAGCCACAGAGGCCACCUUCCCUUUCCCAUGCCCCAGGGUGCUGAACGGACUCAGCAGGCUCUGGGAGCCAGUCUGGGACCUUACCCAUCACUCCACAGCUUACAGCACUCCCCAUCUGAUGGUACAUCUCCCACUAUGCCAUCUGUAUCCCACCCACCCACCCAGGAGUGUAAACUCACUGCAAGAGGGAGACGUAACCGCUGGGCGAGGGCAGGGAUGGCGCAGGGGUUCAGAUGCUAGUCUGAUAUUCUGGACCCAAAACAGUUACAGCAAUAAAUAUGAAUGCAAUGCUGUAUUUGAAUAAACCAGGGGAUAGUGUUGUGGCUCAGAGGUGGAGUCCUGCGGAGAAUACCCCGUGAGGGGCUGGUGUCACGGGUAGGGCAGCAUGGGUGUGUGGGUUCGCACGGGUCCGUAAAAUAAAGACUCAGAGAUUCUUGAGAAUGAACCUAGCCUUUGAGGCCGCAGGGGCUCAGCCUCUUUGGACUGAAGCUUUCCCUUCGCCUCUUGGCAUUUUAAUUUCUUCCUAUGUUUAUACUUUAGCUCGUAGAUUUCCAUAUCUCAAACCGAAUGGAGUGUCCACACUACAUUGCCAAGUGCAAAUACCUGAUUUAUGAGGUACCAUGGUUUUCUGGGUUUCCCCAUAGCCAAGUCUGCCUAGGCUUUGCAUCCAUGGGAACCUCUCAGAUGAGAUUCACACAGGGCAACAAAAGGUAUCUGUAACACAAAGGAUGGGUUAGGGGUCUGGGCACUAAAGCCAGAGCUACACCGGGUACCUGGCCCAAUGGCGGUGCCAGCCCAGUGGAGGCUUGGGCUGUUACAGGCUGGAGGCGUGGUCAAGGAGGAGCCCGGCCUUUGCUCCAGAGGCAGUGAGACAUGGGAGUGGAGCUGAUGUUUUAGGUGGACUAAAAUCCAAUGCAAUAGCUAAUGUUUUUCAAAGUCCCUGACAAUAUAAGGUCUGAGGGUUAGGAAAGGUUUUGUGACGACAGCCAAGGCUGCGGGAAGAAAGUCUGUCUGCAAAUACCAAAGGAAUAAAGUUCUGGUAAGUUCAAGUUCUAUACCGUCACAAGGACGUGUCCCACACGGCAAAAACACAAACUCUAGACAGUCACAAGGAUGUGUCCCACGUGGCAAAAACAAGAUUUUCCUCAGAGGCGCAAACAUUCUAUUGGAUAACAGCAUCAAGCAAUAAUGGAUAAUCUAAAUAGAUUCACUCCUAUCCUCUGCUCCUGGGAGGAGCACAAACACACAUUCCUAGAAUGAUUCCAGUUUUGUUUUGUGUGUGUUUUUGGAGUCAG